AUGUCGACACCAACACCCACAACCCUGCGCAGCCUCUACCGCUCCCUGUUACGCGAACUGCCCCUCGCACCUCGCCCACGCCCNUCCCCACUAGCCUCCCACCUGCGCACCACCUUCGCCUCUUCUCCCUCCACAACCCCCGUAUCCUCAAUCACACGCGCCAGUCUCUCCGACGCCAAAUCUACAUCCUCCACCAUGGCAAGCUCAUCAGGCCUUGAUGCUGUGGGGGCAACAAAGACAAUGCUGCAGAGAGUGCAAGAGGCAGACCAACUAGCCCAAUACCUCAAGGCGCAGAGGAUGUAUGUUACGCUGGUGGAGAGGUAUAAUCCAGGCAUGAAUAUGAAUGAGGAGGAGAGGGUGAGGUUGACGGCUAGGAGGGUGGGUAUGGAUUUGCCGGUGGAUUAUGUCAAGGAGUAG